AUGACUGAACCAUUUAAUUCCAGCGUACCAGAACCUAGAAAAAUAGGCGUAUGGACGGAAGGAACUCACAUAGAAGCAAAAGAAUUUGUUAUACCAAAGAAAUCGCCCGAAUCUUUAGAUGACAUACCAACAAUACCGGACUUAGAUGAUUUACAAGAUAUUUUAGAGAAAGAAAUUUCAAUGCCCCCAGUAAAUGACCAAAAAGAUGUUGAAACCGCCAACACAUUAGCAGAAGUGGGUGGUGGUAUCAGUGGGUCAACUGAAGGUGUGGAAGCAGUACUGGAGUCCCGAGACUAU